AUGCAGGGUUGUGACAUCCAUGUCAAAGUUCCACAUCCUUUUAAACAAACUUAUGAUGCACUGUUAACCGUUGACAACACCUACACCAUUUCGAACUUCCAAGUCUCUCUGAAUGAUUUACUUUUCAAGCCUUCAGAUCACAAGUUUAUGUUGACAUUUACUGGUGGUACAUCUGUUACAGACAAGAAUAAACAUGAUAUUCCUGCAAAGCCACUUAAAUUCACUUCUUUUACUGAUCUCAUCUCUGGGAAUUGGAAAAAGGAUGUCCUAAUAGAUGUCAUUGGAAUGGUCACAGAAAUUGGUUAUACACAACUUCAACAAGGGGGGAAGAAACAACAGAUCAAUCUAUGUUUGAAAGAUUUGUCGGACAACAAUUUGAAUUGCACUUUGUGGGAAGGAUAUGCAGUGCAAUUCCAUGAUUUUAGUAAGACAAGAAAGGAUACUACUCCAAUCAUAAUUGUUUUGCAAUAUGCAAAGGUCAAGGAAGAAGGAUUGUAUCCAUUGUCUGUUUCAAACACUUUCAACGUUACAAAGUUGCAUCUCAAUGCUGACUUACCUGAGAUUAAAGAUUUUAUUGGAAGCCUUCCCAAGUACACUGAAUCAGGUUCUUCAAGCCAGGCUUUGAGUUUGCAGUCCCAAACUAUGUCACAAUACUCAAGUUCUUCUCAGCACACUCCUUAUGACAAGCUUAUGUAUAAGGCAACUGUACAUACUUUGGCUGAUAUUGUAAAACUCAAGGAGCUGGCUCAAUGCGUGACGGUGGCAACGAUCACCAAACUAAAAGCUGCUCAAGGUGGAUGGUAUUACCAAGCAUGUCAUGAGUGUCCUAGGACAGCCAAAGGAUUGCUACCACCUUAUGAAUGUCCACUUGGCCACAAAACUGAGACUGCAAUUUACAGGUAUAAAAUUUUAAUUGAGGUUUUUAAUGCUGGAACAAAAGCUACCUUUGUGAUAUGGGACCGUGAAGCUUUUCAACUGUUGAAGGUCACUGCUGCUCAGAUGCGCACUGACUUGAUUGAGGCUGGUGUUACCGACCCUCUUGAUUUCCCUGUGGCACUUGAUGCAUUAGUUGGAAAGACCAUGGUUUUCAAAGUCAAAUGGCAACCUGACUGGGAAAAUGGAUCUGUUAUGUCUAUACUUGAGGAUGACAUUGUUAAACGGGAUAUACUACGUUCAUUUGGCCAGGAAUUGCCUGAUUCACAGAUGAUGACCACUCCUACUCUAACACAGAACAAUGAGAGUGUUGCUGAAGCUUCCCAAUUGGACGAUUGGGACAUCAUUCCGGAAACCGAUAUUACGUCUAAUACAUUGCCGGAACCGCUUACACCCACUUCAGCAGCCAAACGGAUUGCUCCUCAUGAAUCACAAGAUAUUAUUACUCUUUCAUCUCAGACAUCUGAAGGACAACAGUCUUCAACAAAAAUGAAAAAACAUAUCAAGCUGGAGAAUUAG